AUGAACAGGCCAUCGAGGAAAGACUCAGCACCGGCGGAAAAUACACUGGGCAAAGCAAACAAAACAUACUUAGAAAGUGUUGAGAAAUACACUCAUUUGCAAAUCAACUUGGUUUUUCACAGAGACUCAACUGAAUCUCUCGUUUAUGAUGCUCCACAACUGAAUGCGCUGCACACAGGCCGCCUCAUGUUUCAAUACACCAGGAGAGUGUUCAGCCGACCGUUACACCAUCCUUGCGAAAAUUUCAUCGUCAUCAUCAACGACAGCAUGACAUCAGUGUUCAACACCGAUGCUUCACUGCCGUACAGCCAUGAUUUAUUUCAAAGUUUUAUUGUGAAGAAAAGAAUAAAGGCAUUCACUCAGGCAAUCUGGAUAGAAACUGACAACAGGAACGCCACUGACAUCGCUAUUGAUAAGAAUGCUUUGAUUAUUAAACAUCUCUGGGGCAGUUUUGAACUACUCGUCUGCCCAUCCGAAGUCCGUAUUUGCAAGCGCGUAAGGGCCCUGUGCACAGAAGAAGCUGAUCGGACAGCGGCCCGAAUUGAAGUAAAGAGCAAACUUCGGGGUAGUGGAUAUCCAGCUAGUUUGAUUAAGCGUCAAUUGCGAAGGGUGUUGGCACCGGUAGGGAAACCCAACAGGGAAUGGAUCGGGACCGCUGUUAUCCCAUACAAACCAGGGACAUCGGAGGUCAUUCGAAGAAUUCUCAACACGGCUAACAUAAGAUUUUCCAAAGGGGGAACGCUCUGCACUGGAUUGAUUGAAGGAUCGCCUCCCGGCAAACAACCACAGACUGUCUACAAAAUUAAGUGUAAUGACUGCACCAAGGACAGACGGCCUGAGUCGGAGCAUAGUAGAAAAAUAAACAGGCCGCCGAGAAACGCAGAUGAAUAUCGAGCAUUACUGAAAGACUCGGCGAUUGCGGAACACGCACUGGAAACAGGACACAAAAUACUUAGAACAUGCGAGGACUACGGUCCACGUCACAGACUGAUCACCGAGGCGGUAGAAAUCACCAAGCAUCCCAGUGUUAACAGAAUGGAAGGUGUGGAACUGGCUAGCAAGGAUACUGAAUACGGUCAGCGGAAAACUUUACGCUCGGUGUUGUUGCAUUUGAAGGAUCGCCUUCCGGUUGAUAGGACUAGGAACUGUGUAUACAAAAUAAAACGUAACAAUUGUACGAAGGUUUGUAUAGGUCAGACAGCCAGGAAAUUGCACACCAGAAUCGCGUUCCUUAACAGACCACCAAGAAACGCAGAUAAAUCCCAGGCAAUGGCAGGGCAUGCUGUAGACACUGGGCAUAGGAUAGAUUUUGAAAAUGUGGACAUCCUGAGGCGAGGUUUAAGAUUCACACCACAGCGACUGGUGGCCGAGGCGGUGGAAAUCGCCAAACAUCCCAGUGUGAACGUGUGGAGAGGGAUCUUAGAUCAGCCGAGGUGA